AUGAAUUAAUAUUCAGCUAAAUAACAUUUAUAAAGUGUUUUAAAGCAAACAUAAAUACAAGAAUAAAUUCUCACACAAUCGAUUUAGAAAUAAAUUGAAAUGUUAAACUAAGAAAUUUAUUAGUUAGACAAUAAUAAUAACCUUACAAAUAAUUAAAUAUAAUACUAUAAGAAUUAAUACUAAUAAUAACUAAUCCAAAAAUUAAAAGAUUUAGGUUAAGCAAAAUCAAUUCCUGAAAUAAAAUAAAAUAAUGAAGAUAAAAUUUUAAUUUACGUUUUAAUAGAAUCAUUAUUAAGAGAUUAAAAUAGAGAAUUAUUAAUAACAAGUUAAUAAUAUUCUUUUGGAUUUGAUUCUAUUAUAGGGGCUUAUGGCUCAGAUUAAUCUUGCCUAAAAGUUAGUUACAAAAAUCUUGAUUUUGAUAAAAUUAUGAAUGACAAUCUAUUGUUCGAAGAGCACUUAUUAGAAUUUUAAUAAAAAUUAUCGAUUUCACUUAAUAUUUCAAUUGAUUAAAUUGAAAUAUUAGGAGUAUCGAAGGAACGCUUUGAAAUUAGUUUUUAGAUUAUCAGAAGCAAUCAUGAAGAAAUUUAAUAAUAGAUUAAUAAUUCCCCUAAUACAUAGAAAUUUUUAAAUGAAUAUUGUAAUGGUCAAAUUGAACAUGUAGCUUACUUUGAUUAAGCAAGAGCUGUUGUAGGUGAUUUGAAAAAAGGCUGUUCAGGAGUAGCUUUAUCUUUCGAAGAUUUUAAUCCUCAAUUCAAUAUGAGUUGGGAUAAUUUUAAUGAAAAAGAAUAAAGAGGACCUCCUUAUCAUAGAUAUGAUUACUAUUUUCCAAGAGGUUGUUAUGGAUUCGGAUUAAAAAUUAAAAAUUACAAAAACAAUGAUUGGCUUAAAAUGGAUGGUAAUGUCAAUGAAUGGAGAAUUUUAUACCAUGGUACUAAGAAUUUUGCAGUUAAUUCUAAUAUUGAAAAUAAUUUGGUGUCUGGUUCUAGAUAAGUUUAUGCUGCUGAUUAAUGUAUGGAUGAAUUUGGAAAUGAAGUGAAGGUAGGAACAGGAAUAUAUUUCUCUGAUUAAUAUACUGUUUGUAUUGAAGAUGGAUUUGCUGAGUACAUUUAAUUAGGUAAUAAGUUGUUUGCUUUGAUCUUUAUGUCGCGAGUAAACCCAAAAAAAAUUAGAUAAAGUGAAAGAAUGAAAAAAAAGAAUUAUUUUGUUGUUAAUAAUUCAGAAGAUGUUAGACCAUAUAGAAUUUUAUUCCAUCAAAAAAAAGAUAUAAAUAAUUGA